AUGGAAGUUAGUGCAGAGUGUGCUAAACGAUGGAAAGGACUGAUACCAUUCAUUGAUGAAUCUAGUGAAAGUGAGAAGGAUGAUGAGUACCGACCGGAGUCGGAUUUGCCGAUAUUAAGACGAGACGAGAAAGACGAAGGCGUUGAUCGUAGUCGAUAUAAAGAGCAGAAAACUGCUCUGUUAACAUUUCUACAAUUAUCUGGCAAUGAUAGAGAAAUUUGGUCUACACUGAACUAUAAUAAUUUAACUAAAAAAUCGAAAAAUACAUUUCUGUCUACUGCUCGAUCUGUUAUUAAAACCGUACUUUUAUUUCUUGCUCCUAAUGAUAUUACUGAUGUGAAACGUGAUCUAUUCGAUACAAAGAACGAUUCGAAAUCCUGUUUGAUAGAUGGGAAAUUCCUGGCAGUAAUGGAUGGUAUAAGCGAGGCAUAUAAAAACUCAGAGAAGUGGACCACACGCAAAGAGAUUUUAUCAAUUGUCGCACCGAAAAUAAGCUGUAAACUUAUACAAUCGUUUUUACCUGGAUUAACUCUAUAUCGUUUCACAGCAGCAAGACGUCAUGCUUUAGAAUACGGAACUGGACGUCAGGUUGAACGUGUUCCAUCCACUUUAGCAAGAUUUAGUGAUUUUCAGGUGGAGCAUUUUAUAGACUUUAUCCUAUCACCACAUAUUUGUACUGGUCUGCCUUUUAGUGAACAGCGUCUACGUCUUUCGACUGGUGUUGAACUUUACGUUCCAAAUACAAUCAGGAAUAUGAUACCUUCGAGAAUUGUUGAUCAAUAUUUUGAGUACAUUGCUGAAAAUAAUCCGGAUUUUCCUCCACUUGGUCGCACAAGUCUUUUAUCGUUACUGAAUUCGUGUAAAGCGUCCACAAGACAUAGUUUACAAGGAGUGAACUAUUUUGCAGCUGACGCUAGUCUGGCAUUUGAUAAUCUUAUUGAUAUGGUGAAUGAUCUAUCAUUGGAUAGUGAUUCAAAAAAAAUACUCGUUGAUGAUGUAAAACGCGGACGAAUGUAUCUGAAGACUGAUUAUAAAGUUCAUGUGCAAAAGUCGUCAACUAUAGAUCAUUGCAUUAACUAUGCACUUUCACAAUCAAAUGACACUGAUUAUGCCGAGAAGUGUGACCAUCGACAUGGUGACGUGCGUGUAGAAUUAACUGACAAAGAAUUAUUAGAUCGUGAAUUGGCUAAACUUAAAAUGAGUACGGAUGCCAUUGAGGCAUGGAAAUGUCAUCAGUUACGAGCUGUGAAUCAGGAUCUGUCAAGACAAGAACUGCUGCAGGAUCUGCCUGCCAAUUCAGUUUAUAUUCUAACAGAUUGGGCGAUGAAAUGGCUUCCGGAAAAAUACAUGGAGUCACAGGAAGAUUUUUUCGCCAAGCGAGGUUUAUCAUGGCAUAUUAGUGUGGUGGUGAAGAAAGUAACUAUUAUCCGUACCAAAUGGUCGUACAGUCGGUGGCUUUUUGAAUAACUCCUCGCGGGAGAUAGAUAAUGAAGUGCGGUUUUCAGCAUUAGAAAGAGGACACUUUAAGACAUCUUUUCAUAAGCGAAAAUAGGAUUUGAAAAAAAUUUCCAACCUGGUUUUUCAAGGGAUCUUUGGAAAACCAGCUCAUAACUUCCGAAAGCCUAAUAGAAACCCCAACGUUUUUUAACACGGUUUUGUAGCCCGAAGUGUCCUCUUCAAAACGGGAGUUAAGCGGGCGCAUAAUAUUGCACGGUUUGGGCAGGGCAGCAGAUUUCCUGCAGGUGCCCAAAAGCAAACUUUUUUCUUUUAAAACUCGAUGAAAAAACUUCCAAAUAGGUAGUCGAUGGUGCUGAUCACGAUGGCAAUGUCUGUUUCCUUCUCUGACACCAUAUUCAGCAGCUAGAUUUACUUUUCGUAUCAAUUUUGCUGAAAAAUGACAAAAAUAGUUCACAACUGUCAUUUCUGUCCAAGUCAGGGGCAGUUCAACAACUCGUUCCACAUGCCAAAGCAUGAAAUUUCAUAACAAAUAAGCUAGCUGUUCUUGCUGAAGCGCACAAUAUCGCUUAUUUUCAAAUUUAUAACUUUUAGCUGAAGCUAACAUCUCUGCAGAGCGACUAG